AGAUAAUUACAAAUUAUAAGAUGAUUCUGGAAUUAUCUAUUCCGUCACCUCUGAACGCCACCUGGUAACCAAACCCAUAGUCAGUCACCAGCAAAAUGGCGCUCAAGGGACAAGUUGGUCAAAAGAUUAUGAAUGAAGUCAUCAAACAAAAGAAGACCGGAACAACCGGCGUGCAAUGGCGUAUUUUAGUAGUCGAUCAAUUGGCCAUGAGGAUGGUGUCGGCGUGUUGCAAAAUGCACGAUAUCAGUGCUCAAGGCAUCACCUUGGUGGAGGAUAUCAACAAGAAACGGGAACCGUUGCCUACCAUGGAGGCGAUCUACCUGAUCACACCGUGCAAUAACUCUGUCCAAAAGUUGAUCGAAGACUUCAGCAACCCUACUAGAACUAUUUACAAAGUAGCCCACGUUUACUUCACGGAAGUGUGUCCGGAGGAGCUGUUCAAUGAACUCUGCAAGUCUCUCGCCGCUAAAAAGAUCAAAACCCUGAAAGAGAUCAACAUCGCUUUCCUGCCUUACGAGUCGCAGGUUUUCUCGUUGGACUCGCGCGAAACAUUCGCUUGCUUUUAUAACGCUUCCUUUUCCAACUUGAGAACAGCUAAUAUGGAAAGAAUAGCUGAACAGAUCGCGACGCUUUGCGCUACUCUUGGGGAAUAUCCAUCGGUUAGAUACCGCAGCGAUUUUGAUCGAAAUAUUGAGCUGGCACAUAUGGUUCAACAAAAAUUAGAUGCUUACAAAGCAGAUGAACCAACGAUGGGCGAAGGACCGGAGAAAGCACGCUCUCAAUUGCUCAUCCUGGACAGAGGAUUCGACUGCGUUUCACCACUGUUACACGAAUUGACGUUGCAAGCUAUGGCAUACGAUCUGUUAGAUAUUGAAAAUGAUGUUUACAGAUUCGAAGCUUCGGCAGGAGUGCAGAAAGAAGUGUUAUUGGAUGAAAAUGACGAUCUGUGGGUAGAUCUUAGACAUCAGCAUAUUGCUGUAGUUUCACAGAACGUUACUAAAAAUUUGAAGAAAUUCACAGAAUCAAAACGAAUGCCACAGGGAGACAAACAGAGCAUGAGAGAUCUUUCACAAAUGAUCAAAAAAAUGCCACAGUAUCAAAAGGAAUUGAGCAAAUAUGCAACACAUUUACAAUUAGCGGAAGAUUGUAUGAAACGUUAUCAAGGAAAUGUAGAUAAACUCUGCAAAGUAGAACAGGAUUUAGCAAUGGGUACAGAUGCUGAAGGCGAACGUAUCAAAGAUCAAAUGAAAAAUAUUACUCCAAUCUUACUUGACCAAACAGUCAAUCAUUUAGACAAAUUACGAAUUAUUGCACUGUAUGUUAUUAGUAAAAAUGGCAUUUCUGAUGAGAAUCUCAACCGCCUAGUUCAUCAUGCUCAAAUAUCUGCUGAUGAUAAACAAACCAUAGUAAACAUGGCAAACCUUGGUAUAAAUAUAGUCGUGGAUGGCGGAAAUCGCAGAAAAUUGUAUACUGUACAACGCAAAGAAAGAAUUACGGAGCAAACGUAUCAAAUGAGUCGUUGGACUCCAGUUGUGAAAGAUAUUAUGGAAGAUGCUAUUGAAGAUAAACUUGAUUCUAAACAUUUUCCCUUCUUGGCUGGUCGAGCAGCAAGUUCAGGAUAUCAUGCUCCAACUAGUGCUAGAUAUGGACAUUGGCACAAGGAUAAAGGUUCACAAACCAUUAAGAACGUUCCACGGUUAAUCGUUUUCGUCGUUGGCGGUGUUUGCUUCUCUGAAAUACGAUGCGCUUAUGAGGUUACAAAUGCUUUGAAAAAUUGGGAAGUAAUAACUGGUUCAUCGCACAUAAUAACACCGAAAUCUUUCUUAGAUGACCUGAGCAAACUUCACGUAUAAAGAAAUUUUUGUGUUAUAAACAAAAUAAAGACACGUUCACGCAUUCCUAAUGUGCCAUUAGUUUUGGCUCCGUCAAUAACAAAAGCUACGAAAUUUCAUGAAUGAUCUCGAAUUACAAUUAAAAUUAAAAUAAGGAAUACACAGUCAAUUGUUUAAGUCGUGUAGUUAAGCGACUGAUUAAAAACAUUGGAGAAUGGCAUAUCGUAAACAUCAUAUGACCAGAAUGGAAAUGGCGCCAGAAGAAAAAGAUAUCCGGUGUUAAGUGCCUGCAAGAAUAAAAAAAUUAAUAUGAAAUGAAUAAACAUGUUGGCAAUAUUGAUGCUAAUCGUACGGAGGUGCUUAAUGGUAAUUUAGGCUCGCGAUUGAUCUAGCUCGGAUAUCGUAUGUUAUUCUAUGUCAUACUACACCUUGUUAAUAAUAAGCGACAUGUUUAGCAAAGAAAUUUGAUGUAUUGUAGUGGAAAAUCGUGAUAUUCAUGUAAAUUUCUUGUUAUUAGUAUUUCGUUAUCUCCCGCUCCAAAAUUGUUGCACUAUGAUGAAGGAGACUUGAUCAACUCCAUUUGAAAAGUCAGUAUUGCUCCUUCAAUUUAUAUGACAAUUGAGUAUCAUAUAUUUAUUUUAGUCGUAUUAAUAUCAGUGGAACGCAAUUUAUGUGAAAAUGUUAGAUAAAAUCGAUAUUUAUUUUAUGAAUGAUUAAAACUGUUUAAAUAUCUUUAAAGAUACAAAUGUUUAAGUAUCUUACUGUACAAUAAAGUGAUAAAUGUACAUUUAGUUAUUUACUGUACUUUUGUUAUAUUAUCGAUUCGUUAAUUGAACAAGUGCAUUUGACUAGCAUAUAUAUGUAUUAAAUUAUAUAUAUAUAGUACAAAUGCCGCUUCUAGUUUAUCAAAGCGCGCAUUUAUAUCAAUCUGAAAGCUGUCCAAUUAUAAAAGACUUCUAUCUGUUUAAUUCAAAGUAAAAUCUUUACUACAUUGAUAAGUACUUACAUGUUGAAACUUCUGCUGCACAUAUACAGAGCAAUUGUAUAUCGCUUUCAAUCGGUAGAAGUUAGUCUGUUAAUGAUCGUUAAUAUUGCGAUUACUUAGCGGCGAGAUUAUUACAAAGUUUACGGUAUUGAUUAUUAUAUAAUAUAUUAAUAUAUUAUAUGAAUACAUGUAUGUAUGUAGAUUGUAGUUGAAACAAAAUGUUCUGCUUAUAAAGGCCUACAUUUCGAUCCAA